AUAGCCCCCUCUUCCUCCUCCCAACAGCACAGCAUCAGCACGCACGGCUAUGCAUAUAUACUCCUAGCUCUCUGCCAUCAACCCUCCCUCACUCUCUCUCUCCGGCCAUGCCUCCCCUCUACGUGGUAGCACUGGCCGGGCUCAUCCUCUUCUCUUCGCUGCACACCGCUGCUCCAUGCUCCAACGCAACUGCAAUUGGCGACACGCUCGCGGCAGGCAAGGCGCUCGCCAUCGGCGACAAGCUCGUCUCAAGGAACGGCAAGUUCGCGCUCGGCUUCUUCCAGCUCCGUCACAGCGUAGCCGGUAAGGCCGUCUCCUCCCCCGGCUGGUACCUUGGCAUAUGGUUCAACAAGAUCCCGGUUUGCACCACCGUCUGGGUCGCUAACCGGGACAAGCCAAUCGCUGAGUCCGACCUCAACACAACGCAGCUCAGGAUCUCAGGAGAUGGCAACCUCGUCAUCUUUGCCUUAAACAAAAACACCAGCACUGAAUCCAGACUAUGGUUCACUGAAGUUGCCAAUAGCACAGAUACUAGUAUCAGUGCUGUUCUCAACAACACCGGGAACUUUGCCCUCGUGCAAAAAACCCCAUCUAGUGGAGAACCGUUGUGGCAGAGCUUUGACUGCCCAACGGAUGUCGGGCUUCCUACCGCAAAGAUUGGCCGUAACAAGGUCACCGGUUUCAACUGGUCGUUCGUCUCAAAGAAGAGCCUAAUUGAUCCAGGUUUUGGCUCAUACUCCAUCGAACUAAGCAUUGAUGGGGCGCUGCGCCUUGCAAGUCGCAGCUCCCCCUCUGUAGUGUACUGGUCUUGGACAUCUGGAGGACUAGCACAACUUGUAAAAGCACUCGAUGGGUUGAUGGACUCGGAUCCACGGACCAAGGGUUUGCUUAAACCCACAUAUCAAGAUAACGAUGAAGAGGUGUACUUCUCAUACACCAUAACGAAUGAAUCAGCUUCCGUAUUCGUCCCAAUAGACAUCUCCGGUCAGCUUAAGUUAAAUGUUUGGUCGCAAGCCAAAGAAACUUGGGAAACUGUAUACGCCCAGCCUUCUGAUUUCUGCAUAGCACCGGCUGUCUGCGGACCUUUCGCGGUCUGCAACAGCAAUUCACGCCCAUUAUUCUGUGACUGUAUGGAGACCUUCUCUCAGAAAUCGCCACUGGAUUGGGAGCUUGGUGAUCGAAGAGGAGGGUGUGCUAGAAAUACUCCCUUACAUUGCAUAACUAGCAACAAAAGCCAGACAAGUUCAACAGAUGUGUUCCACCCUAUACCUAAAGUUACAUUGCCUGGUAAUCCUCGGAGUAUAGAAGACGCUACCACGCAAAGCAAUUGUGAAGAAGCUUGUCUCAAUGACUGCUCCUGCACCGGUUAUUCAUAUGACAAUAGUAAAUGCUCUGUCUGGCACGGGGAAUUGCUCAAUGUAAAUAUGGACGAUGGGAUUGGUAUUUCUUCUCAAGAUGUUCUUUACCUUCGCCUGGCCGCAACCGAUUUUCAAAGUUUGAGCAAGAACAACAAAAGAAAACCAAGAGCUAUUAUUGCUGCAAGCAUUGUUAGUUUUGGGUUACUAAUGCUCAUGCUGUUAUUGUUGGUUUGGAGGACCAGAUUCAAGAGGUUCAAUGCAUCGUUACACGACAUUCCAGGUAGCGGUGGAAUUAUAGCCUUUAGAUAUACUGAUUUAGUCCAUGCUACUAAAAAUUUCUCAGAAAGGCUAGGAGGUGGUGGUUUUGGUUCUGUGUUCAAGGGAGUGUUAAGUGAGUCAACUACUAUUGCAGUGAAAAGGCUUGAUGGUGCCCGUCAGGGAGAGAAGCAAUUCAGAGCCGAGGUGAGCUCAAUCGGGUUGAUUCAACAUAUCAACCUAGUGAAAUUGAUUGGUUUCUGUUGUGAGGGUGAUAAGAGGCUACUUGUGUAUGAGCACAUGUCAAAUGGGUCUCUUGAUGCCCAUUUAUUUCAGAGCAAUGCUAUCAUCCUAAAAUGGAGCACAAGGUAUCAAAUAGCCAUAGGAGUUGCUAGAGGAUUAUGCUACUUGCAUGAAAGUUGCCGUGAAUGCAUCAUACACUGUGAUAUUAAGCCAGAAAACAUACUUCUCGACGCAUCAUUUGCUCCUAAAAUUGCAGACUUUGGGAUGGCAGCGUUUGUAGGGAGGGAUUUUAGCCGAGUUCUGACUACAUUCAGAGGAACCGCAGGGUAUCUUGCCCCGGAGUGGCUUAGUGGAGUUGCUAUUACACCAAAAGUGGAUGUUUACAGUUUUGGUAUGGUACUGUUGGAAAUCAUAUCCGGAAAGAGGAACACACCGGAAGUAAAUAGUAAGAGCAGUUAUCAGGUUGCGUUUUUCCCAGUGCAGGCCAUCAGCAAGCUUCAUGAGGGAGACCUGCAGAGUUUGGUGGAUCGACAGUUACAUGGUGACUUCGACUUGGAAGAGGCUGAAAGGGUUUGCAAAGUUGCAUUUUGGUGCAUCCAAGACAAUGAAUGUGAUCGGCCGACAAUGGGUGAAGUAGUCCGUGUUCUUGAGGGCCUUCAGGAGCUCAAUAUGCCCCCGAUGCCAAGACUACUUGCAGCUAUAACGGAACGCUCUGAUGCAGCUUCAAUGUAAUAAUUGCAGUUGAUGUUUAUUUUUGUUUCAGCAAAUUUGGAAGUUGUAUUUUGGAGCUGAAGGAAUAAAAGGACAAGCUUGCAAUAUCUAA